CGGACUUUGUGUUGAUUGCUAAAGGUUUACUUUACCUUGUUCCAAUUCUGCUGAAAACUACUUAUCCCCUCUUGAUCCAAACUGAAUGUAGGUUUGCUAUUUGCAGCUUUGGGACACAUGACGGACAACUCACCUCAAGUCCGGGCAACUGCCCAUCUUGAUUUGGUCUCCCCAGCGCCCGUCCACCCCCCUUCUCCCAUUGUCAUCCCAGCCCUCCAAGACCAAGCGGAUACGUACUUCAACUCUCUCUCGCGGGGAAACAAUUCAUUGGCACUGACUCCUGCCUUGAUCCCUGAGAUGCCAAAGUUUGACGGGCAGACUUGUGCGUCGCAAGUCACCAUUCAACUCAGCUCGCCAAAGCAUGCCUCAUAUGCAGGACAGCCUCAUUUAGGAGCCUCGGAUUCAGGGAAAUGUGCCGAUAGCUUAGACAAAAGAGCAGGCACAAGCAUUGAGGCUAGGAAGGCACUUGUUCCUGGAACUACUGAUGCCCAGCAGAAUGGCUACAGCUCGAGUGAACCCAACCUCAAAUCAGACGUAUCCACCAUGAGUUGCUAUUUUGGUAUUGCUACUUCUAGACAUGGGGAUAACCAAGCUUCAUUGUCGUCCUCACUUGCCCCCCCUUCGAGCAAGGAGCCUCAAGCCGUCCCUAACACGACGAUAGGCAUUGAUAUCAGUGCCCAGCAUUCCCGUGCUGUUAAUCCAUAUGCAAGCAAUGACCCUCAACCCAAUGGUCCGAUUUAUUCCGUUGAAAACUACCAGACUACUCUUGACACCGUAGCCGUCCAGAUACCAAAUGCUGGUUCUAGCGCAACUUGCAACUUCGCUCAUAGCAACAGUAUCCCUCUGGCGUGGAAUAAUGAGCCAAUUUACAGUAAUCAUACGCAAACAACAAAUAAGCCAGCUUUUGCGGAUGCCUGUAUCAUGGGAGAACCUUCGGUAACCUCCAAUCAUGCAACCCCGGUUUCCCUGCCUGAUCCUAUGUCUUCAAAGCACCCGGAGAAGGAAAAGGUAACUCCAAAAAAUGAGCGGAAAGGGCUUUGUGAGGCCAAGAGGAAAACUUUUCCAAUUGGUUCCAGAGUUUUCAUUGGCAAUUUAUCGGCAAGCGUGAGACAGAAAGAUAUUAAUGAAUUAUUUUCGAAGUAUGGCCAUGUUGAAGAGAUUUCUCUCAAAAGGGAGUCAUACGGCUUUGUACAGUACCGCUCUGCUGCCGAUGGACAAGCUGCAAUAAAGCACCUCAACGGGAGAAAUCUUGGAGGCAAAAAGAUUAAUCUGGAGAUUGCACGAGGGGAGAACAAAAACGGGGGUGGAAAUCGUGGUAGUCGAGGGAGACGGGACAGCAACCGCCACAACAGUAAUAGACGACGACAAGAUGAUCGCCGAUCCAAGAGACGUUCCUCUACUCCGCAGCCAAACCAAUACCAGCAGAUGCCCGAUGAUAAAACCGAUCGAGAUCGAAUUCACAAAGGAAGCAACUCCUCUAGCAAAGGUCAUCGAUCCAAGUCCCCUAGAGGGGAUGACCAUGACCUUUACACCUAUAGACAACGCAGCCUCAGCCCCUAUCGCCAACCACGCCGUGGAGCAGAGAUCUCAGAUGUACAUCUUGUCCUCGGGGACGUCAGCCACAGCUUCUUGGCCAUGGUGAUGAAUGAAUUCAUUAACAAUGGUUUAUCAGUUGGAUUUUCAAGCCUGGACCCUAGACUAGGUCACCACGAAGCCAUCCAACGCCUCGUUGUCGAGGGGGUGAGGGCGGUUGUGAUCCUCGACUACCACAUGGAAGAGCGUGGUCUCAUCUCAUUAGAUCUUUUCGAUCAUCAAGACGGAGUUAAUAAUGUGCGCUUUGAUCAAUACCGUGAUCUACCGCCAGAUGUUAUUGCGCGGAUAAUCCUUUCCCGUCGACCUCAAGUUCAACCUGGCUACCACAGUAGCCAAUGUCCCCCAGCAAGUUAUGCCCCGGCUUACGUGCCGCUUUCUCAAACUUACCCCGCGCCCGUCUCUUCUGGCAUGAAAGACCACAAUCUGUUAGCCACCCUAGGGAGCGCUCCUCAAGGCUUAGAAGGACACCUUCCUCCACACCCCCUGCCAAACCUAGUUCAAGGUGUUCCUCAAGCCGGAAACUCUUAUCCACAACUUCAAAAUGUCUUAACACAACUUGCCAGGCCUUGGUAACGAACCAGAUGUUCCUAACCACCUUGUCUCUGUUGACCCCCCUUGCCGUGGCCCCAGGACAGCAGAGGCAUCACGACGAUUUACUGCCGUCUGGACACCGGAUCAUGAUCAUGAUCCUCUUCCACCUACAAAAGUGUAUAACAUGAUUUUCUCGAUUGAAUUUCCUUUUCAAUUACUUCCGCAUGCGGAGUAUUGAAC